GUCAAGGAAACGCAGCGUUUUGUUUCGGCGACCUCUAAAGCUCCUGACCUCCGAGUCCGGGCUCCGGACCGCGCCCUGCUUAGUCAAACCCUACUUGGCCUGCAACUUCACCACUGCAACUUCACGACGCUGUCUAAUCUUCUGAGACUGUAAUGGCGAAAACCGUUGACGAAGAGGACGUUGGCAUCUGCUGUUUCAUCUCUCAUCUUCCCGGCUUUCGUGGCAUCUUAAAGCAAAGGUAUUCAGAUUUUAUUGUAAACGAGGUAGAUUGUGAUGGGAAUGUUGUGCAUUUAACCUGCUUGGAUGCACCUCUGGAGGCAAAAGAUGUGAAUAAAAUGGAGCUAUCUGAUCAAUCAGAUAAAAGUUAUACGUCAGAAAUUGAAUUGUUCAGAUCUCUUGCUGGUAACUCUGAUGCCGAGCAGUUGAAAGCUUUUAUCAGUCAGAUCAAUUCAGAUGGAGAAGGUAGCGCCUUGCCGAUUGUCCUUUCUCCAGAUUUCGAUAAAUCCCAUCGGACGGCAAUACACAAUUUUUUCAAGGAAAAAUUUAAAUUUCUUGUUACCGACACAAUCGAUGGACCAGAUGCCUCAUCAAAGUGCAUACGAGUGAGAUUAAAUUCAAAAGGACAGUGCAAUAAUGGAAGAAACUCCAAGAAACGGAAGGACAGACGUGAUAAACCCUUUGAUAGUCGAGGUUCAGAUCAUUGGCCAGAGGAUCUUGGCAAGUUCCUCAGGUUUCAUCUCUACAAGGAGAACAAGGAUACUCAGGAAGCCUUAGGAGUGAUAGGAAAGAUGCUUGGGGUCCAGCCAAGAUCAUUUGGAUUUGCUGGUACAAAGGACAAGCGUUCUAUAUCAACUCAAAGGGUAACUGUCUUCAAGCAGCAUGCCAGUAGACUAGCCGCGCUUAACGAGAAAUUAAUUGGUAUAAAAGUUGGUGAUUUUUGCUAUGUCCGUGAAGGACUUCUUCUUGGACAGCUCCGGGGAAACCGGUUUGCUGUCACAUUGAGAGGAGUCAUUGCAGAGUCUGAAGAUACUAUUAAAGCAUCUGCAGAUGCCCUAGGAAAGGAUGGGUUUAUUAACUACUUUGGUUUACAACGUUUUGGCAGUGGUUCCAUGCCAACUCACCUUAUUGGGGCUACAUUACUUCGAGGAGAGUGGAAAGCUGCUGUAAGCUUGAUUCUUGAUCCCAGAGAAGGCGAAAGGGAUGCAAUAAGGAAUGCACGGGAAUAUUUUAAGGAAAGUGAUGAUAUUGAAGGUGCCUUGAGGCAAUUACCCCGCAACAUGGUUGCGGAAAAGGCAGUACUGCAGAGUUUGAAAAAAUAUCCUGGGAACUACUUGCAGGCCCUCAAGGCUAUACCAAGAACUCUAAGAAUGAUGUAUGUGCAUAGUUAUCAAAGCUAUUUAUGGAACCAUGCAGCAAGUCUAAGAGUGAAAAAAUAUGGAUUUGACCGAGUUGUUGUGGGAGAUCUGGUAUAUUGUAAAGGAGAUUCUUCUGAAAAAGUGACUGGAGUUGCUGAUUCUGAAUGUGAAGAUGAUAGCUUUAAUGAUGCAAAUGAUUGUAGCCAUUUAGAAGAAAUUGCUGAAACUGAUUUCCACGAAGAAAAAAAUGUCUCUGUGAAGGCUGUAAAUGCUGAAGAUUUAGCCACUGGAAAUUAUACAAUUGAAGAUGUUAUCCUUCCUUUGCCUGGCUCAAGAGUAAUUUAUCCAAUGAAUGAUAUCACUGAAAUUUAUCAUGAUCUGGCAAAAAAGGAUACCAUCAACUUGACAGAGAGUAUGCAUCCUAUCAAGGAAUUCUCAAUAACCAAUGUGACUGGAUGUUAUAGGCGGGUCUUCCAGAAACCAAUGGAGUUUGAAUGGGAACUGCUAACUUACACUGAUGGGAACAUUCCAUUGGCAGAAACAGAUAUGGACACAAUUUCCAAGUCUAUGCCACUGAAUAUAAACCAAAAAGAGGAUCCUGUUAAUAGAAAUGCAGACGAACAUUUUUCCUUUGGUUGCAUGAAGCAGUCACAGAAUUUUAAAAAUGAUUCAAUGAUUACAAAUUAUAAUAAUGAGGUGCAGAGUGAGAGAGAAGUAAGUCUCUCGCAAGCUGAACUCGUUUGUGCCUCUGCUCAAGUUACUGAUGAUGAUUCUCCGAGAGCACAGACAGCUCUCAAGUUAGGCUUUACUCUCCCCACUUCUUCAUACGCAACAAUGGCCAUAAGGGAAUUGUUGAAGACAUCCACUUCUGUACGUAAUUUACUUUUUCUGCUGUCAAUAUGCUAGUACAAAAGUAAGUUUAUGACAUGAGCCAAAACAACAGCAACAACACACUGUUGUUCGACUUGCCAUCUGGUAUGGCAAGGAGAUCAAUAAGCAUUCUUUUCAAUAAGCAUUCUUUUGUUGUAUAGAUUUGAAAGUGAACUAGCUUUGGGGUGACCAUGCUUGUCUAAAUACAGCAGACCAAAUGAUAUAAACUGUACACUUAAUGAGCAGCAACAACAAACAGACACUGUUGUUCGACUUGCCAUCUGGUAUGGAAAGGUGAUCAAUAAGCAUUCUUUUGUUAUACAGAUUUGAAA